AUGUUGUCGAAGCCAUUGGAACUCUUCUUUGAAGUGUCAUCGGCACCACAUACGAUAAUAUACAUCGUUUUCUGGUUUGCAGCCUUGACAUUUCUUAACAUCUUCUAUACUCGUGAGUACCAUGUCAAGAUCAUGAAACACAUCACAAAGAAAAUAAGGAACAUCUUUAUCCAGGCUCUUGUCUUGUGUUUUCUGAAUAGCAUCCCAAAGAUAAUCCUGAUGGUCAAUCUAUACAGAAACUCUUCCAUACAAGUGUUUGCAUCCGCUAUUUCAGGCACAACACAAAUUUCGAUGGCAAUAUCUCUUGCCCUUGUGCUGAUACUUGCUAAGACAAACUGCUUCGUUCACCACAUAAGCUUCUAUAAGGACAUUCUCUUUCUCGAAGCCUCGCACCUGCUACUGCUGAUCAUGUUCUCAAAUGCAACAGAUGCCCUGACCGUCCCUCUUAUGGCUCUGGGAGUGUUCUCUACAUUUUUGUUUAAUACCUUCUCCCUCCCCCCAUACAUUUCGCAAGUAUCGAACAGCAGCGACGAAGAAGUCAUCUCUUCCCACGCGCAGCCUCCGUCACCAUCGCUUACAUUGUAUCCGUUCAGGCUCAUAUUCAACCUACUCUUCCUGGACCCUUCCCACAUAUCUCCAUCGUCCUCGAAGAAAACACCAUAUACCAUAGUACUUUCUCCAGUAAUCAAUUUCCUAAUCGGGGCGAUGUACCUCCGCAUGGACAUGAGGCGCUUUGAGCUUCUCCUUUCUCUUGCAUGCUCCUUUCUUCUGGGCCUGCUUUUGUACAUGAUGGCAAGAAAGAGGAUCCUUUCCACACUCUCAUGCCUGUACAGCUUGGCUGCCUCCAUACUCUUUUUCUCGAUAAUAAUGGAAAGCUUUGUGAGCUUGUCAAUGCACAUAAGCAAUGCAACGGGGCUAGGCGCCCAGUUUCUUUCGGGAACAUUUCUUUCGCUGCAAUGCAAUCUAACAGAGAUUGUAACCUGUCUUAGUUACACCGGAAACGAAAUGCUGAUCGUGUCGUCUUGCUCCAUUCUCUACACACACAUGUAUAACACUCUUCUCUUCUUCCCAGUUGCCAAGCUGCUCCUGGGGAAAACCGGUGCAUAUGCACAAUCUCAUAAUAUUUCAAACGCCCCCUUCGUAUACUUUUCGUAUGUAUUCAUACUUGCAGAGAUUAAGGUCAUCUUUGUGAACUACCUCCUUAGACACCACAAGCUGACAAAAGAUCUUGGAUAUACACUCAUAGCAAUAUAUGUGCUAUUCAUAAUCGGGUUUGCCAUGGAAGGCAAGACCCAUCUUUGUAAAUAA